AGCGAUAAACAAGCCUCCUGCAAUGAUUGCCGUUUGAAUGCGAUUGUUCAACUUUCAAGUGGCGUCCGCCGCGGGCAGCGCUGCAGACAAGGUUCGCUUAUUUGCACGUGAUCGCCCGGAUCUCACGAGACAGCACAACACAGAGACGGACGGCUCGGCAGUCGGCAGUCGCUCUCUGGCCUCGGCCGAGGAGGGUCAAGGGGUCACCGGUCAGUCUCGUGACCGAUCUACCGACCGUUUAUAUAAAAGUGCGGGUUAGCGCAGUGUUUUCGACCGUGAAUUGCUAGGACGAUUUAUUUUGAACGAAUUUGACUUUCGCAAUUUCAUUUAACCAUAAUUGUUUAUGAAGUCUGUCAGCGGUUGCUACUUCCGUGUUUGCUGUUGACCCGUACUGGAUUGAAGGUCACAAUAUCCUGCUGGAAAACUGGGACAUGUCGCCCCCCUUUCCUGCUAUCGUUAAUCGGUGAGGAAACCGGGCCCAGCUGUUGUGGACCGCCGCUGGCGAUCACAGGAUCGUCCUUGGCGGAAGAGGCGGCGCUCAAGUGGCUGUGUGAUCUGAAGAGCUCUCCCGGGUGGACCGCCGCGGUGGUCUCUGGUCAGUGUGUCAGCGAGAAUCAUCAGUCAGUGAGGCUGCGUUCGUCGGGUCACGUAAAGCCGACUCGGCGAGUUGUGUCUGAAAGGACAAGUGACAAGUGCUCCGAACCGCCGCACGUCUCGGGCUCUGUGAUUUUGUAAGCCGGGCAAGCCUGACCGAUCGUUGGGGCCGUGGGCUAUUCGGGCGUGGUGGUCAGAUUUAAAUAGCCUGACGUGACCUGACGUGACCUGAGUGGUGUGUCGGGUAUGUCUGCGACGUUUCCGCGCACGGGCGCCGGUCUGGGCUCGGCCGGUCUGCCUCUGAUGAUUCCAGAGGAGGAGGGGGAGGACGAAUGGCCGGGACAGCUGGACCACCGGCGCCGCUCCAUCUCGCUGCCCGGCCUCGACCUGGUCGCCAUCAGCCAGAGGGAGCCGGGAGAGAGCCGGCGAAUGAGCAACUCGGACGGCGCGCUGCUGGAGGGCUCGCCGGACGACUCACCACCGCCGCCCUCCGACUCCGACUCGGGCUCACAGGCCGCCUCCAAACCCAGCAGUCUACAAGGCUCGCUAGACGGCAAGGACAGCGACUACACUGACACCAUCUGCUCCACCCGGAGCGACUUCUUCAAGCGCUACUAUGCACCCAACAGCAGUCCAGCUCGGGCUGACCCGGCGGUCGACUCAAACGGGUACACCCCUCUGCGGCCCACGGCGGGUCCCGCCGGGCAGAGCGGUCAGCCCGACGAUCCACCGCCCUCCAAGCCGGACGAGGUCUCCGCAGAACCCUCCGUGGAGGUGAAAAAGCCUCCUGCGAAGAAGAGCCGGCUCAAGGGCUGGGCCAGCCAGGUGCGCUUCUCGUGGGUGGCCAUGGCGCUGCUCUUCACUGUCAUCAUCGCCUCCAUCGUCGUCAUCGUCCUCCAGUACAACAUUCAUAAGUCAAAGUACGCUCUGCUCGGGCGGUUCAAGUUCAGCGAGCAGGAGCGCCGGCUGCGGCUGUUAUCUCCGGAAGGCGAGGAGCAGGCUCGCAUCUUCAUCGCCAGCGAGGUGCCCAGCGACGACCUGCCGUACGACUGCGGCCUGCACCGGUCCACGCGCGUCUCACAUACCUCAAAAUACCUGGCCGAGUCGACCUCCCAGGGGCGCGGCGUGUGCCUCGAGUGGAAGAACCAGGCGCGGGUCACGCUGGAACAGGUGAGCCCGGAGCGACUGAACUGCUCGGGGCCCGUCUGCCGCGGCAUCCAGUGUUUCCGCGUGGACUGGCGCUCGCUCAGCCCAACCGUGGACCUGAUGGACUGCCUGAGUCUGAAGGAGCCGGCCGGACAGACGUGGUACGGCAGCGCCGAGUCAGCCGCGGCCGACAGCUGGCCGCUGGGGACCGCCGACCAGCCGCUGGCGCCGCUAGUCACCGGGGAUACCAGUCAGCACGCCUUCGGCAACGUCGUGCAGCGCUCGUUCCUCUCCAGUAACGGUGUCGGCGUGUACACAUUUACCAACGAGUCCAUGUUCGUGCGCGUGGACGUGACUGAGGGCCGGCUGUGCCUGGGUAACGUGCGCCGUCCCUUCCCGUACCGGUACCCGGCUGAGGAUCACCUGACCAUGCUCUACUCCAUCUGCACGGCGCCAAACAUUAUGCAGAUGCAUCAGUUCGGCACGCACGUGCUCAAUCCAUACUCGCGCCGCAUCGAGGAGACGCGUCGCAAGGUGUGGCCGAGCUUCGACCAGAUCGUGUACCACUUCCCUGGUGGCGGCGGAGUCUACACCCAGGAUCAGGUGAUUGCGUACGGUGCAGACAUCUCAAACCGGCGCUACGGCAGCGGCGUGCUGGUGCUAGACAGUCACUGGCAGGCGCACCAGGGGGACAUCCAGUUCGACCGCAAACGCUUCAGCAACGCCUGGAAGGCCAACGAGCUCCUGCAGCGGCAGGGUCUGGAGCUGGCCGUCACCAUCAGUCCCGUGGUGGAGCUGAAGUCGGCCAACAUCGAGUACGGCAUCGACAAGCAGCUGUGGGUGCGAGAGGCCGUGACGGGGGACCCGGCGCUAGUCAACCUGGCCAACGCCAAGGGCGCCUGGAUGGACCUCUCCAGCACAAAGACGCAGAACUGGCUGCGGACCAAGCUGAAGAGGCUGAAGGACGAGACCAAGAUCAAGUGGGUGGUAAUCGACCAGACCUCGGCGCAGCUGCUGCCGUUCUACUACAACCUCACGCAACGGAUGGCCAACCCGGACUACCUGUCAGAGCAGCUGCACGCUGUGGUGCGCCAGGCGGGCCUGCUGGUGCUGAGCACCUCCAGCGCGGUGCGGCCGCUCCAGGAGCCCGUGUUCGCGCAGCUCUCGCCCCGCCCGUCCACGUGGGCCGGCCUGCGCCAGGUGCUGCCCUCUGCGCUGGCGGCCGGCACCGGCGGCCUCCACCUGGUGGCGCCACCGGCGGUGGGCGGCUCCGGCGCCGCCGAGCCAGAGCUCUACGCCCGCUGGCUGCAGCUCGCCAGCUUCAUGCCUCGGGUGCAUUUAGCGCAGCUGCCGCACCAACUGAGUCCCGAGCUGGAACAGAUGGCCAACACGCUGCUGUGGCGCCGCCGCCGCACCGUGCUGCCCGCCUACAAGGCGGCGCUGCGGGAGGCGCUGGCAGAGGGCUGGCCCAUGGUGCGGCCGCUGUGGCACCAGUUCGGAGAGGACCCGACUGUGGCGCCGAUCGCCGACCAGUUCCUGAUUGGGGCGCGGCUCAUGGUAGCCCCGGUCACCGAGCCGAACGUCACCAGCCGGCGCGUGUACCUGCCGCGCGGCCUGUGGCGUGAACUGAGCUCGGGUCGGCUCGACAGCGGUGGUAGGUGGCUGGAGCAGCCCGUCACCAUCGACACAAUCCCGCACUACGAGCUCUUUGAGCCAGACGACCAGUGAAGUGGGGUGAGCCCUCGGCCGCGCAGUACCUUGGAUGAGUUUUACGGACAGCAGACGUCACUCGAACGGUUGCACGACAGACGUGCCAGUGAUAUGAUCACGUCAAAUUCCUGCAGACCGUACGUGUAGAGAUUCUGACCGUGAGGAAGGGACGGAGAAAAGUAGACUAUGGCGACGAAAUGGAUCGAUGGGACCACUUUUAUGAAUGCAUAUUACGUUGACCUAGGGAGAUAUUGUGAGGGUCGACGGACCCGCUUCUCCGUCCCAUUAGCAAUCAGUUGUCUUCCAACAAACUACUCAAACCUCGUCGUGAAAUAACAUGUGCGCCUGCGCCCAGCAGUUUGCACAUUGUUUGCGGAAGUGUGCCGUGCUCGCGGUUCCCGCGCGCAGGCACAAAUGACGUGGGCGUUCUGGUAUGCUGUGAGAUAACUGAUAUGAGGGGAAUGACUUUUUGUUGUUUUACAUGUGCGUGUAUGUGCUGAGAUGAAGCAUUGUAUGUUCCUGGCAGCAAGUGCUCGGUGAAGCUGGAGAAUGUUAGAGGCCAUUUACAUGUUUAAUUUAAUUGCCGCGAGACGAUCGUGAUAAUAUGAUAGCGUCAAGCGAUCAGAAAGGUCUUCCUUGAGCACAUAUCAUGCGAGACGUGCCAUAUCAAACGACUCUGGUUGAAUAUACGCAUCGAAGGAUUUUAAUUAUCUAAGAAUAGCCGACUAAACUCACAUGACGGCAGUGAAGAUGUGAAGUGUAAAACUGGAUCGGAAGCCCAUGUGUGAAGGUAUUACUGCUGAUCAUUUUACGUUCCGCCGUUAUGAUUUGAUAUUGAAGUGCCAACAUGUGCCCCAUUUAAUAUGCUGGAUAUUUUAUUUGAAUAAACUUGAUCAUUGUAAAUGAA